AUGGCGAGACUCACUGACGAUGUCGACUACGAUGCCGGCGAAACGUGUGAGAAUGUACCACGUCCACCGUCCUACUCUGGAAAUGAUGAUGCAUACAAUGGACUCCGGACUAGUUCGCGAAUACAAUUCUGUCUGCAGACAUCGCAUGGCUACAUCAGCUACGGCCCCUUACGCCUCGAGAUGCUCGCAUGGUGCUCCUCGCCUGAUGGUCCCUUCUAUCCUCACCAUUCAGGCUUUUGGCCAUACGUACCUGGCAUACUUCAUUCAAUUUGUAUCUUCAUAAUGAAUCAGAUACUAUUUCGUCGUAUUGCCGAGAUACUUACUGAAUACGAGAAUCACAAGACUCAAUAUGAGCAUGACCAAUCACUUAUCUUUAAGCGCUUUCUCUUCGAAGCAGUAGACGCCUACGGCUGCCUGGCUUAUCUUGCCUUUUGGGAGGGCAACUGGCUUGCCCUACAAUCUCUACUACUCAGUAUGUUUACCACGGACGCUGUGCGUCGCGUGACUCUUGAGUGCCUGUUACCUUGGAUCAUAUAUCGACUGCGUGUGUUCUUCGCAGCCCUUCGAUUAGCUCGCAGGAAAAAAACAGAUGAGGCAGACGACAACAGUGACGAAAUUACUGAAAGAACUUCGUCUUGGAAACCAGGCUGCUUUAGAGGGUUGAAAUUCGGGUCAGUGGGUAGUUCUUUCUUAUGCUAUAUUCCCUUCUCUUCAUUUUUUUGUAUGAUGGGUAAAUGUAGGGACAUAAGUAAGUACACGAUAUAG